CUUUAUUUUUUCUGAUGUUACGUGUAAAAAGAUAUCCCGUCGGCCCGGUUGGAGUGCAGAUAUCUGGGCCUAAGCGGAGACAGUGAACGCAUCUCACCCGACAUGUUCCCCCCCCCCCCUCCUCCGCCUCCACAGUCCGCCUUGUUUCCAGCCGUCUCUGCCUUUUCUCUCUCAGUGCUCGGACGUCGCGUUACGGUGAAGAUCCGAGUCCCGCUCUUGGGGAAUUUGGAAGGAAAGUCAGACGACGUGUACACCCGCAAGGAUCAGUAUACACAUUCAAAACAGAGACGACAGUCAAUUUGUCUUGAAACUUCAGUUAAAAAAAGAAAAUGGAUCCAAUGACUCAGUCCGCCCAGAUAUCAUCGUCGCAAGGGCUCGCCGAUGGGCAAAAUUCUGCUGCCAAAGAAUCAAAGCCAUCCGAUUCCUUUCUUUCCUCUACGCCUGUAUCUCUCAUUCAGUCUCCUCAAGACAAAAGAGUCGUCCUGGGCUCCGAAAAGCCCUGCGAAGGUGUAGCAACAUCCCUUCGCUUUCCUUCUCAACCUGGCUCAUUCACACCUGGUCAUUAUGGAAAUGAAGCAGGGCCGCCAGAUGGACAGCCGGAUUCACCGAUAAAGACAUCUCCUGUUUCGGAGCGAAUAAAGGCACUGGAAGCUCUUGCCGCCAAAAAGAAGGAACCAGAUUUUAAAAGUGAUGGAAGUUUCUCUCACUUCAGAGAUCGGCACUAUGAAAAAUCUCCCACUGACACCCAGAAAUCUUUCACUGAGACCCCAAAAUCUCCCACUGAAAAAAAUGUACCAACUCUCCAGAAAAAAGGAGGUUCUGUUGAAAAGGAGUCACCAGAAUCCCCCUUUGAAGUACUUGGAGAUUUAAGACAAAUAAUCGAAUUUGAGGAAACAGAAGAUUGGAUGAAGGCUCAUUUACCCCCUGUACCAGACUUUGAUGCUGUAGAUUUAAUUAAAGGUACCCAGAUUUCAGACAAUGUUGCAUCAAAGAAGGAGAAGGAGACUGACAUAGUUAUACCUGACGCUCCUGCUGCCUUUGCUGGUGUUCCUGAUGCUUUCAUGGAUUCUCCUAUUAGAAUUUCAGAAGAGAAGGAUGAGUUAAGUGAUGCACAGAAGCAGGAAGAGGAGUCAGAGUUUGACCUUAGUUUUUUGCCAACAGCAUACAUGUGGGAUCAGCAGGAAAAAUCGAGUGUGAAGGUCCAAUCAAAUCUUAUUUCAGAGCUUCCAGGUUCAGCUGCUCCUCCUGCAGGCUUUGGAUCCCCAUCUCCUCUUGCCUCCCCACCAAUUGACAUGAAUGCUAAGCAGAAUGUUUCGGAUGACAAGGAGACCACUUGGAUCAUAGAUCUGGAGCCACCAGAGGCCAGUGAAGCAGACAGCUCAGGAGAGUCUGACGAUACUGUAAUCGAAGACGGUGUCAUCGUUCCUGCAUCGCCUCCCAUUGCAUCUUCUGAUCCAGCAUUUUCAAAUUAUUCUACCACUGAACCUGCCUCUACAGCUUCUGCGCUUCCCACUGAGCAAAAUGAGUCCCCUUCGCCAAAGAGGAAGCUUAUGCAGGUUCCGACAAUCAAUGUUAUUGAGACAGAUGAGCCCAAUUACAGUGAAGAGGAGAUGGAAAUGGAACUUGAAGCAGAGGAAGAUGAGAAUUAUGAAGUUGUAAAAGAUUCAGCCAAAGAGGCCCCCAAAACCCCAGAACCAGUAAACAAUGAAAAUGAACAACCCAAGACACGUCCCUUGGAAACUGAAUUCAUGGAAGGCUACUCUCCUCCAUCUUCACCUGUGGAUUCUGAUGUUGAAUACACUCCCAAACACACGAUUCUCAAAUCUCUUCCAGAGACAUACGACCAGGAGUCUACAUCUGAGCCAGAGGCCCCACCCAAUCAAACUCUUCCGAAAGAGUCCGCCUCUGAAUUUUCCCAAGCACAGACUACUUCUAAUAAAAUAAAUGAUGAGCCCUUCCCUUUCACGGUACCAAAUGAAGAGGUGGACAUCCCAGACAAUGAUGACGAAUGGUCAGAUGAAGCACAAAAUAUGUUGGUCAACUCUGGUAGGACUGUUCUUUCGUCACCGGAACCAGUUCCGUCCACCCAAUCUAAAAUGGAUGGAAGUAGCAACACAGAUGUGCAAGAGGCUUCUGUGGAUGCGACUUCCCUUUCUAAAACCAGCUUCAUUCAAGAGGAUAUAUAUGACAGACAGUCAUUUGAUUAUGAUUAUGAUGCAUGCUCUCCCCUGGAUGAGCAGUUUCUUUCUGAUCCUUCUGAGAUCCAUAUUGAAGAACUGAAUUCAAGCACUGCAAACAAUGAUGAAAAUAAACAAGACAAUCCGAAUCUUGACAGCUUCCCUUCACUGGAUGAUUGUGAGACACUAAGAAGCAUCAGUGAGCAAGAUUUCAAUAAGACAACAACCACAGAUCAUGUUUCAGACAACAUUGCAAAUGGAAACUCUCUCCAAGCACAGGAAAGUGAGUCAAAGAUCCAGCAGGACAUUAAACCAGAUGUCCUUGCACCUGAUACAGAAAGAGGUGACCCUGACAGCACAGUUUUAGAGCCCACAGAUAGCUUUGUGGAGUUUAUGCGAGAGUGCCUGAAAUCUAGGCAGGAUGAAGAGCCUGACAACCAGCACACAAGUGUUGUGUCAGAGUCCAAGUUCUGCGAAACCGGUUGGCCUAUCUCCCAGUCCGCUCCAACCAUGGUGAUGGAUCUUGAACAAGAGGAGCUCACUAUCAGUGCUCUCAAAGAGCUGGGCAGCAGUCAAGAGGAGGAUGAGGUGACGUCUCUCCAGUCUCAGGCUCCUGACCAGGCCAAGGCUAAUCCCAAUUCUGCAUUUAUAGAGAAGUCCUCCUAUACAUCAGUUCCUACCCCACCAUGUUCCCAAAGUGACCGUCCAUUCGACAGCAUGUAUUCCAAAGAGGUCGAAACCAUUGAUGAAUGGGUAGCUGAAGCCUAUCAUCUUGCUGAGCAUGUCUUGACAGCGAUACUAACCCACUUAUCAGUGAAGGAUCUGAUCCACUGGCGAGACCCCAAGAAGUCGGGCUUGGUGUUCGGACUCUCCAUGCUGCUGCUGCUGUCGCUGGCAGCCUUCAGCGUCAUCAGCGUGGCUUCCUACCUGCUGCUGGCCCUGCUCUGCGUCACCAUCACAUUCCGCAUCUACAAGUCCGUGGUCCAGGCUGUGCAGAAGUCCGGCGAUGGACACCCCUUCAAAGUGCUGAUAGAUAAGGAUGUCAGCAUCCCCCCAGAGACUUUCCGCAAGCACGUGGACGCCAGUCUGACCUACAUCAACCGAGCCCUAAAGCAGAUGAGCCGCCUCUUUCUGGUCGAGGACCUUGUGGACUCCCUAAAGCUGGCUGUGGUCAUGUGGCUGCUGACCUACGUAGGAGCUGUUUUCAAUGGAAUCACCAUCCUGAUCCUGGCUGACAUCCUGCUCUUCGCUGUGCCUCCAGUCUACGAGAAGAACAAGACCCAGAUUGACCAGUACAUCGACGUGGCACGCACUCAGGUCAACACCACGAUGGCCAAGUUGCAAGAGAAACUUCCUGGGGCUAUGAAGCGCAGCAAAACUGAAUGAUCAACCCCCCACUCAUUAGAAACCUCCACAUCCCCAUCAUCAUCCUCCUUAACUUCCCCAGUCCCCUCUCCAGUUAACCCCCCCCCCCCAGUCUAACUGACCCCUCCCACCUCCAUCUACCACCGCCCUACAACACUGAACCUUGCUAGGUAGAAAAUCUCUGAGCUAUUCAAUAUUCAAUGUAAAACUACUGCGCAGCUUAACGCGAAAGCAUUAGAAGAGAACUGUGCCUGUGCAGACAGGAAGCGCAACGUUAGCGAGGAAGUGACGCGACACCGCAGCCCCCCCACCCCCCGCCUGUCUGUGGGCGUUCCACAGGGGUCGGGUGAACUAGACUGAAUCUAUGACCUGGUUUCAUCACGUACAGCGAGCAGGGGCGUGUGAUGGCUGUUAAUGUCACCAAAAAGCAAAUGUCUGUACUCAAAAACACACAUUUCCCCCGAACGUCAAAGGAAAAUUCAAGCUGGAUGCGUUAAAGAAAAAUAGAAAUGAAAAAAAAAAUGAAAAAAAGAAAUUAAAGCAACUUUUUGGGACUUGCUGAGGAAAGUCUUAUCCUGCUCCGUUGUUAUGGAUAGAUAUAGAUAUGAGUUCAUUUUUUGGAAGCUGGUUAAUGGGUCUGUUGUUCUUGAUUGGCCUGUUUAUUGGGUUGGUUUCCAUUCACUCUGUAUGUACGUUUCUGCAAAUGCACUGAACUUUUCUUUUUGAAACCCAUCAGCAGGAUGAAAUAAAAUGUUUGGAACACGAGCCAGCUGUGAUACUUUGGUCUAGUUCCCCGUCUCGAUCCGAUGCAUUAUUGGAAACAGUUCUCUGUUUGUAUAUAUUCACCCGAAGACGACUGCGGGCUCUGAUGUGUGGAACACGGUGGCCCUCGCUUUUUAUAUGAAAGGACCGUUCCCUUCACAGCAGUCCUGUCGCCCCCCUGGUCGAGCCACAGUGUUGAAUCUCACGUUCACAAUUCUUAUCACUGCUUAUUACUAUAGUUGAUAUGAAUUUAGAAUGGCUGCUUUGACUUCCUUCUAGCUUGACGGCAGCAUUGUAAGAGUUGCGUUAGGGUCAUUGAGCUUCAUCAUUUAAACUAAAAGGUCUUUGAGAACAAACUCCCAUAAUGAAAUACACUCUGAUGCGUCGUCACAACCCUUAAUCCCAAAAACGUCGUCACAGCUCAACUCGUGACUUCCCGAAUGCGGAGUCUGAAGUGUGCUGGGUUCUAUUAUACCAUAUACCAAUUGUAACCAUUUUAAUUUUAAACACCAUGAGACAGGAAAAGCCUUUUUUUUUCAAAUUACUUCCAAACACUGUUCAUUUAGUGAUUAUUAAUCUCACGGUUACCUCAGUGAUUUGAAAAAUGAAAAUGUGUACUUAUUUUUUCAUGAUCCCUCUUAAAUUUUCAGAUUGAAUAAUAACUUGAUGAAAUCAAAUCAAAAAUGAACUUUAAUGUAGGGAGUGUUUGGCCAGCUGCAGCUCUGUGCUGCCAGUGGGCGGGGCCUUCAUUUGAAUUUUGAUGACAAGAUGGUGGUAAAUGCAAUAACGGAUCAGAAUGAAUUUGAUUACUAAUUACUAGUUAACUGUACUAUUUAAACUAAAGAUUCCCCUUGAAAAAAUAUACAUUUUCAAAUAUUCAAAUGAAAAUAACGAUUCUUUUGGCACAUUUUAGACUCAGCAGUGACUUGAGGUAUUUGGAGUUGAGGGGUUGAUGAUGCUGUUGGUGUAGCAGAGGAAAUAUUAUAGAGCUCUGCUUGUCACUUUCUCUCUGUCUGCUAUGAAAGCGCAUGUCAUAGUUUAAGCUGGAAAGAGUCUCACCCUUUUACAAAGGUUGUAUCAUAUUUUUGACCCUGACUUUUGUUUUAAUAUGAUUAUUACUUGUGAUUGUUUCAGUGGUGUUUUUGAACUCGAUAACAAACCAUAGUCAUGCGUUAGCACUACUGCUACGUGUCCGUAUUGUUUUUUUUUUUAAGGACGAGUACGUAGAGGGGAAUGAAAUUACAGGUGUGUCAGUGUUGCUUUCCCUCUCCCCGUACCGCUGAGUGAGCGGGCACAGAGUACGCAUCAUCUGUCGCUGCAUCUCAAACUACUGCGCUUACUCACAAUGAAUGUCCCCUCCCUCCUCAUGCACGCCCCCACCUCUUGUGCGUCUCGUCGACGACGUCUCGUUAAUUCCUCAUGCAUGGUGUCUCAUUCAGACCAAAAUAUGCAACAAUUUCUGUUGGAUAUACUAGCUGUUACCCCCCCCCCCCUGCACCCAAGUGUGAGGGGGAAACCGGGCCACGAUGCAGAGACUGAUGAUGUUAUUAUGCAUCCUGUUUGUUUGUUUAUUUAUUUGAAUGUGAAGAAGUUGCAUAUUGUAGCUGAAGCUACGUUCUCAUUUUUCAUCUAAACGUUCGACACAAACUACUGGAAUGCAUUCGUAUUUACAUGUUUGGUUUAGUUUAUUUAUAGGACCAGUUCAACCAAAUUGCAAGAUAAUAAUAAUCAUCCACAAUUCAGAGAAUUGCAGUUACAUUACUUUUGUCAUUCGCUUGCAGGUUAAAAAAGAUUUCAUUUGGCAGUUAAAAUGUCCUUGUUCGUCUGGAUUAACAGUAGAACAGAGUCAGGUCUUCUACAGCUAUUUCUUCUUCCAAUCUAAAUUCCCUUUUACCUCCAUUGUUUUGUGGUGGAGUCCGAAAUGGGACACACCGACUUUCAUCUGAAGACUGAGGUGAAAAAGACGAACGUUACCAAUGUAAACGUAGUUCUCUGAAGUCCGUUUGGAUCAAAUCUAUUUGCCAAGGCUAAAGGCCACAUGUUUCGUUGAAUUGUCUGAACUGGCUCUUUAAUGUUCCAGCAGCUGCCUUUUGUGUGCUGCACCUUUUACCACGUCACCUGCUGUUACGUGAGUGUGCUACCACACCACUGCUUCUCAGAGUCAUAGAUUAUUUCUUUAUAGUCUAAUAUAUAAUAUGAAUAACAUUUGACAGAUUGAACCUGUUCCCUCACAGUAUGUUGCUUUGCUCCUUUUCCCGUAUCCCCGUGUGUCUUCAUUGUCUUCUGUGUGUGUGUGUGUGCGUGUGCGUGCGUGCGUGUGUGUGUGUGUGUGUGUGUGAGACUCUACUUGUCUCCGAGGAGUCUUUCCUUACUUUACUUCUGACUCUUUUCUUGUACCUAGACGCCGUUCCACUAACAUCAGCUUUGUUUUGUAUUAGAUAUGACUUUGGUUUUUCAAGCUUUGGGAAAGAUGUUGCAGGAAGAAAAAAGAAAACUGAAAAAAAGUAUGUGGUCUCUGUACUGAUGUCAAAGUGAAAUUAAUAAAAACACGUCAAAGGAC